GGGAUUAUUUCCGGGGUUUGCAGCAACAUGGCAGCGCCCUUAGGUCUGCAGCUGGAGUUUGGAGGGGGAGCUGAACUUCUCUUUGAUGGGGUCAAGAAUCAUCAUGUGACACUCCCUGGCCAAUCAGAUCCCUGGGACAUGAAGCAGCUGCUUGCAUGGAUCCGAGGGAACAUGCUGAAGGAGCGCCCAGAGCUCUUUAUGCAGGGCGACACUGUUAGACCCGGGAUUCUCGUAUUGAUCAACGACGCAGACUGGGAACUGAUGGGUGAACUGGAGUACCAGCUUCAGGACCAGGAUAAUGUUGUCUUUAUCUCCACACUUCAUGGAGGCUAACGGACUCUAAAUCAACACCACACCCAUACAGGAGCCCCUCCACCCUUCAAAAGGUCAAAAAUCAGAUGAUCCAUCAACAGCGGCAUUGGUGGCCGAUUUCAAUCCCAGCCGUGGGUUUCUCGACCAAUCCCGUGAAAAUAAUUAUUUUGGUUUUAAGUCUAAUAAAACGUAACGUCACUGGGAAUCUGACUGCGGAGGGGCAGUUCACUGUCCCCUGUUCCUUACAGGAGCGUGGCGGGGUUACGAUGGGGAGCAAGGGCUCAUUAGGAAGGUCACUCUGUCUAGCCAGUGUCCAGAUGGAAUCUCUUGAGACGUGGUGGACCGGUUGCCCCAUGUCAAAUGGCUCCAUUAUAAAUUUCAUAAAUUUUCUGUUCAAUGCCUUUAGAGCUGUAAAUUGUAAGUUUACUAUGAAAGUCCACUUUUUUUUCUUUUUUUUUUGAUCUGAAUGAAAUAUUCACGAUAUUGUUUUAUUUGCUAUUUUAUAUGUAGUGCAAAAAUGCAAAUCCAAAUGAUCUUUGUUAGUAUUUAAAUAA